AUGGACUCGCUUGUCAACCGCGCCAACACUGUGCCUCAGCGCCAGAGGAUCUACCAGGCCGACACCCGUCCCGUCUACCAGCGUCUUCCCCGCUCGAGGCUGUACAUGGGCCUCUUCAUGUCGCUCUUCACUGUCGGCAUGGUUGGAACCGUUGGUGGCUUCUACAACAUGGCAAAGGGCAAGAAGCAAGACUGA